AGGUAAAACCCGAAAAGCGACGAAGCUCUUUCCCGCCGGCGUCCGAGAAGCUGAACUCGGCGCUCGCCGGACGCAAACCGCGGGCUGCGAUGCCAUCUGGAGGAAGCGACUGAAGCCGCGGCCGCCCGCCCCCGGGGCCCCCGGACGUGACCGCGAGCCCAGCCAGUGGCGCUCGGCCUCCGCUGGAGCCACCACCACCACCACCAACAACAACAACUACAGCGACGGCGGUGUUGUUGUUGCUGUUGUUGUUUAGCGGACACGUGUCGAUGCUGAGGAGGUAGCGCGGUCGGCCCCGCCAUGGACGCGACGAAGCUGGAGCAGGACGCCGUGAAGUUCGCGCGCCUCGGCGUGGUCAGAGACGAGGGCGGCGAGUACGGGGAGGCCGUCUUCUUCUACAAGGAGGCUGCCCAGGCCCUGCUGUACGCCCUGCAGGCUGGCUCGCGGGCAGAGCGCUUGGCCGAGAAGGCGCACGAGUACCUCGACCGCGUUGAAGUGCUGCAGGCCACGGUCCAGGCCAGUUCAGGACAGAGGGGGCAGCUGAAGUCGGCCCAGCAGGUGGCGACGGAGCGAGCGUACUUCCUGUGCAAGAAGGCGUUCGAAGCGGAGGAGAAGAACAAUGAGGAGGAAGCGGCAGACCUCUACAAGAAGACCAAGGAACUGUGCAUCAACACGAAAAAUGCCACCGCAGAUAAAGAUCUACAGAGUAAACUGAACAAGCUAGCCGAACAGGCUGAAGAGAGGGCGGAGAAGCUUAAGGGCGCUUCGAACGUGGCGGCCGUGCACUCGGAGAGCGACGGGGCGCAGCGGUACCCCUCGCAGCCCGUCCGCCGGGUGCCCCCCCUGGGCUUUGACUUCAACAAUGAGGGGGGCGGCCGGGGGCCCGCGGGUCCCGGGAGGCCCGGAGGCGGCCGGGGCCCUGGGGGUCCCUCAAAGCCACAUGGCCCGCCGCCGUCGGCGACCGAGUCGUACAGGGACGAGGAGAUCACGGUGCUCAGGACAACUUCGCUCAUCAACGGCUUGAAGUACGUGCCUUUCUUGGAAUUGGAUCUCAAGGAACGUUUUGCGUUCCCGAUACCGUUCAGUGAUGAGCACGGGAAGCUGGCACUGGCUCCCAAGCAGAAGGACAGGUUUGCUCGAUGGGUGCGGCCAUCAGAUAUCUGCACCAACCCCACUGUUAUCUACGCCAUCUCAAGCUUCAGCAUCAAGCAGACGGUGGUGUCAGACUGCUCCUUCGUGGCGUCUCUGGCCAUCAGUGCAGCCUACGAGCGCCGCUACAAGAAGCAGCUGAUAACCAGCAUCAUCUUCCCCCAAAACAAGCGAGGAGAGCCCGAGUACAAUCCCUGCGGCAAGUACAUGGUCAAGCUGCACAUUAACGGCGUCGCCAGGAAGGUCAUCAUUGACGACUACUUGCCAGUGGACCACAGCGGGGAGCUCCUGUGCUCCUACUCCACCAACCACAACGAGCUGUGGGUCUCGCUCAUUGAGAAGGCCUAUAUGAAGGUGAUGGGAGGCUACGACUUCCCUGGUUCCAAUUCUAACAUCGACCUGCAUGCGCUGACCGGCUGGAUUCCGGAGCGCAUUUCCAUGCACUCGGAGCACCAGCUCUUCAACAAGGAGGCCACCUUCAACAUGCUCCAUCAGCGGUUUCACCACGGGGACGUCCUCAUCACCAUAGCCACAGGAGUGAUGACGGAUGAAGAGGGGGAGCAGAGAGGCUUGGUCCCCACGCAUGCAUAUGCAGUGCUGGACAUUCGCGAGGCACAGGGCGUGAAGUUCCUGCAGCUGAAGAACCCGUGGAGUCACCUGCGCUGGAAGGGCCGCUACAGUGAGCGCGACGAGAAGAACUGGACUCCGGGCCUUCAAAAGGCCUUGAACUACGACCUAAAGAAAGCGCAGAAGACAGACGAUGGUGUGUUUUGGAUUGACUGGGAGGCUGCCUGCGCAUUUUACGAUGUGAUCUACCUCAGCUGGAACCCUUCCAUCUUCCCGGAGACGACCUGUCUGCACAGCCAGUGGAGCUCGGAAAAGGGCCCCGUGCGAGACGCGUACAGCCUGGGCAACAACCCCCAGUACCGCCUGGAGGUGCAGUGUCCCCAGGGAGGGGCUGCGGCCGUGUGGGUGCUGCUCACCCGGCACAUCACCGACAAGGACGACUUUGCGGAGAACAAGGUGUUUUUCACGCUCCUGGUUUACAAGACCAACGGGAAAAAGAUCUACUACCCCAGUGACCCAGCGCCGUACAUCGACGGCAUCCGCAUUAACAGCCCCCACUACCUGACCAAGCUGACCGUCAAGGACCCGGGCAAGACGGUGUACACGCUCGUGGUGUCGCAGUACGAGAAGCACAACACCAUCCAGUACACGCUGCGGGUGUUUGGCUCCGGCAAGUUCAACCUUUUGGAGAUUCCUUUUUCAUUCACUAAACAUCAACGGAUCACCGGGAAAUGGGAGGGCAGUUCGGCGGGCGGCUGCUCCAACUAUCGGGACACGUACAAGAGUAACCCCAUGUACCAGCUGCGCGUGGACAAGAAGGGCCCACUGCUCGUGGAGAUUCGAGGACCCAAGCAGUACAGCGUGGGGUUUGAGCUCGUGGUGGUGAGCACCGAGGGGGACUCGGGAGCUGCGUUCUCAAGGAAAGGCUCUGGAGAUUACAGGAGCGGAUUUUGUUACCUGGAAUUGGAGUCGCUGCCAGCUGGGAUCUACAACCUCAUCCCGACCACCUUCCUCCCUGGCCAAGAGGGCCCGUUCUUCCUGGACAUACACACGGCCGCAGCCAUCAAAGUCUCGAAACUGCAGGGAUAACAGCGGCCGUCGUCUUCACGCCACCCAUUGCAGCAAUCAUUCGGCACAUCGGGAAAACCCGAGUGGCGGGAAUUACACGCUCUUGUUGCCCAACGAUCGUUGGCGGCGGUGUUUUCGAAGACGCUCGUCCAAAAUCCUGAUAUUUACUUACAGCCUGGGCAGGACACACAUCGGUUUAAUGCUCAGCUAUGCUGACCACCAGUCCUCUGGCUGGCGUCUCAUCCCCUGCAGAAAUGACUGGUGUGGCAGUGAUUAAAUAUCUUGUACCAAAACACCAGGAGACAUCUUGAGAUGAGUGACAACAUAGUCUUGCGUCGCUCAAUUUAUUGUAAACUAAACGUAGUCGAAUGAUAGGUUGCCUUGAACCUUGACAUUGUGUUCUCAGCCACUCGCCGUGCUCUGUGCACCUUGCCGGAUGUGUCGCUCGCAUGAACGGCGACGGUGGGCGGUGCAAAUCGGUUGGUGGCAGUGGCUGCUGCAGUGAGAAGCUGAGUUGUGCGUAGCAGAUUCGGCACAAACGAAUUGGCCUCCGUUUUACAUGGCAUCGCGGUUCUUGGAAAUCGUGUACUUAAUCUACAUUUUUCUACUCUGCAUUUAUUACCCAAAUCUUCCCGGGUUCAUUAACAAGGAUUAAAAGUGAAUUUAGUUUACAUUUUAACUUAAUCAUGUGAACAUAUUUGUUCUAGCCCAACGCAUGUUUCAUACCGCAAAAGUUACAAUUUCUUUUUGUAAAGCUAGCAUUAAGUGAAAGUAAUUUAAAGCACUUUUAUUCUGUUAAAAUACUGUUGCCUUUGAAUACCGGUUUAUGCAAUUGUCUGCAUAGUACAGCAUUUCCCCAAGCGCUGGGUUGUAAGCCCCAGACGGGGGUCGCGUUAGGAGCUCGCGGUUAAAUAUGUAAGUAGCGAUUCGCUCCCUUGACUUAAACAACAAGGGUUAAAGGUGUGGCCCUGCAGUUGCUUCCCCAAGCGACUGCUGGCAGAAGGGCCUCGCGCUCGAGUCAACUCGAGAAGGAACUGUAUUUGGUCUACUCUUCCACGUUGCCCUGACGUGCUGGACGAGGUGGCCGUGCCCACGACAGUGAUGCCAAAAUAUAGGUCUGAGGUAUCGCCAUGUCAAACAUAUUUGGGAAACCCGAGAUGAGUGUAAUGUGUAAUGUGUUUACUAAAACGGGGAAAGGUUCUGUUUAGAUAUUACCGUAUGCAAUUUCAACUGAAGAGGUAUAUUUUGCCAUGAUGGAAAUGAUUUAUUAUUCGAUGGGGUCGGUUGGUGAACCAAAAACAUAAAGUAGAAACAUUAAUUGUGUUCCAUUGUGUAGAUCUUAUCCACGAUAUAAAUGUUACAAUUGAUAUUUUGUCUGGACGCGACUUUAAAUCUGAUGCCGUGCGGCAUGAGAUGCUUUGUGAAAAGUCCUCGACCAGAGUGGUUGAGGGUUGACGCGUAUUGUCGGCUUGCGGGGAUAGGUGGUGAACAACCGAAGCCAGUUGAUUUUUGCUCCUUUAUUAAUAGUUAUUCAUUAUUUUCCUAUUUAAUAAACAUUGCUUUCGAAUAUUAA